CCCGGCGAUGUUUGUGCGUGCCUGGCACGACUGCGGCGGUCCCACUGUCGCGCUCGCCGUCCCCGUCGUCGCGUGAGGUGAAGAGGCUCCGCGGAGACACCAUCGCACGGUGCCCGACAGCGUCCCCGACGACACGAACCUUGCCCCGUCCGUUCGGCCGCGCGACAUGUCAAGUCAAAUAUGUCUAAAGUGGAACAGUUUUCUCAGCAAUAUCGCGACCAGCUUCGAGAGCUUGUGGGAGGAAGAGGGCCUGGUGGACGUGACUCUCGCGAGUGACGGACAGUGCCUGACGGCGCACAAGGUGAUACUCUCGGCCAGCAGUCCCUUCUUCAAGAAGGUCUUCCAGACAAACCCGUGUCAGCAUCCAGUUAUAAUACUUCAGGAUGUACACUUUAGCGAGCUGGAGGCGCUAUUGAUAUUUAUAUAUAAAGGAGAGGUGAAUAUCGAGCAGAAGAAUUUACCGGCGCUCUUAAAAGCAGCGGAGACACUGCAAAUUCGGGGCCUGUCCGGCGGUGACAUCUUUGCGAAGGAGUCCUACAAACGACUGGCUGAGCUAGAACAGGCCGUGGCCGAGGAUGUGCCGCUGAACAAGGAGGAGACGCCUAAGAAGAAGCAGAAAGUUAGUAAACAGCAGAACAACUCUAUUCUGGAGAAAGCGCUUACCCCCAGAAUAUCGCAGUCGGAGAACACAAACGAGUCCGCCGGCAGCGAUCAAAGCGGGAAGGAUGGAGAUUACAUGUUGCCUGAAACAUUACCUAAUCCGGUGUAUCAGCGAUUGGAGAUGAAAAUAGAACCGUUGGAAAUGGCGGUGGACGAUCUCCAGAAACGAUCUCCCUUAGACAAGGAUCCGGCGGAGAGGCUAGACACAGGACAGGCGGAUGGGAAUCAAGGGUCUGGGAACAGCCCUGCUGAAGACAUUUCCGGUUUAUCUGGCUUGUCUGGGCUAAGUGGAUUCUCGGACGUCAAGCCGCUGCUUUACUCGUAUCAGCAUCUACCUUACGCCGAUCUCCUGCCAAGCCCGGACAUAAUCUCGACCUGGGCGUCGUCCCGGCCGAUGGAUCACUUGGCCUGCGACCUCAUGAAGAUCCUCUUCACGCCGGAAGAGAGGAUUCUCUGCAACGUCAACGGCAAGAUGGGCAAGCAGCAGUUCGAUAGCAACAAGAUACACUUAAUACGGGAGGUCCUGUUGCACUUUAGCGGCAUAGCGCCUAAUAGCAUCGAAUGGGAGGAGGCUUGGAAGAAUUGCGUAACCAAAAUCGACACUAGUAAUAGGGGCUUGAAAAGGUAUCUGUUUCAGAGACGCUCGGUCUACACCCAAUGACUAGGGCGUUUUAGGUCAGGGGUCAAACGGAAACGUUUCCACUGGCUGGAAUAGGAUCGUUCUUUUAAGCCCGUCACCCCGUCUGUUUCCACACAAGCGUCGUAGGACGACUCGUUCCUCGCUUGUUCCUCUUUGGUAUGAGGCUUUCGCGCUUUAUAUUUAGGACACUGUAAAAAAAAAACCAAUAUCGAUGUAAGUAGACGGUAAGAUUCACGCGCGUGUAGCAUGUAGCCAGGGGAAGAAGAGACGGAUGAUCGGUCGGUCGAUGGCGGCUAAGAUCGCGCGGAGUUGACGUGCAAUAGGUUUUGGAAAUGUGCGCUUUCCGAGCCGCGGUAACGUUUCUAGGUUGUAGAUUUCGGGGUGACAGGGUGAACUAGGAAGGAGCAUUGUAGACGCGAUCGAAUUAUUUAUACGCUUCAGGUUCGCUGCUCGGCGUGAUGAGCGGCGAACGAUCGAAUAACUCUAAGCCUUCCUCGUAGGUCUUUACUUUUUCUAAUUUCCAUCUUGUCGAGCGAAAUCCCAAGAUAAUUCGUUUCAUCUCCCCUCUCAUCCUCUACGCACACGCACACACCGCGUGCUCAAAGAAUCUCCCUCCCGCUUUCCUCUCACGUGCUCAUGAGUAAGGUCGAUCAUUCAUCCGCCUGUGCACCUUUGCUUCACCGUACAACACCUUCAAGUAACAUUCCUUCUUACUCUUUAGUUACGGUUCACGCGAGAAUUCGCUUUUACGGUAAAACGCGGUGCGAUAUUAUUAAAAAGUUGGCAUAUAUCGGAGAGACACGCGAGUCUCUCUUUCUCUUUCUCUCGCACCCGAAUAUACACAUCACGUACUCGCUUACACACCCACACACACACUCACAUACACCCACAUUAUCAAUACACGGACAAGAUGCGCGUGUAUAUAUGCGUUCGUUAUGCGGAAAUGUGUGGUAUAUACACGGACGUGCGUACGCGGUACGCAUAUCCAGUUAGAGGUAUACGUAUAGCAUUGUAUGUACAUAUAUGUACCAAGGAUACGUUUCGGCCGUGUUGAUCACGUGCGUGCGUAAACGUGCUGCACGGCCACGGCAGCUCUAUGUACACUUAAAAGAAGAAAAGGAAAAACCGUAGCUCUUACGACAGGAAUAGUGAUUUAAGACACCGCUUGUAGAGUAUUUAAAUCGCAGCAGAGGGUCGCUCAGCAUGCGCCACGAACUAUUAGGGUAUAUACGUUGCGAAUCGACGCGCGAUGUCUGUCGCGCGUCCCUUUCUCGAGACUCGCGCGAAAGUGUUCUUUGAUCUCCGUUUUAUUAUAACUUGUAAAGUCGUGUCGAUUUCUUUUUUGUUUCGUUUGCGCGGUACGAGCGUUGAAUCAUUGGGAGCACACCGACAGCUUCGAAGCGAUAUUAUUUAAAUCAAUUCUAUUGUAGACAAGACAAACGACUGGUCGCAAAUAAACAUAUUUUACAUUUUUAA